CCGGAGUUACUUACUUUGCAUAAGACUAAAUCAGACGGGUUGGAAAACGCAGACAUGAUUGAAUUAACGCGAACAUUACAAAGAUACCGGAACUAAAAAAAAACAUCUGACCGUGAACGCAUCGCGGUAACGACUCACUGUCAGAUACACACUCGGGUUGUGUCCUGUUGUGGAGCUGAACUCAUGGAGUCUGCAGAUGGUCAGCGUGGGCGGGACGGCGGCAGUCAGAGACGUUCCCCUCUGGACGUCAUCAUGAGUCAGAUCCGCCGGAAACGCUCCGCCUCAGACAGGAAGCCGCUGGGACGCUUCCUGUCCCGAACCUUGGACCGGACGGGGAUUCCUGAGGAUGGAGAGACAGAGGGCAGAGAGGACAAAGGACAGAGCUCAGGUUUUGCAGAAGCAGCAGAGAAUGAGCGAGACGUCGGUUGGGGUCGGGUGUGUGUUUUCCUGCAGAGGCUGGGGAAGAAAGCAGACAGCAGGAGCCUCAGUCUGGCUCACUGUGAUCUGACUGCUACAGAUCUGCUGGAGCUCGCAACGUUGCUGCAGUUUCUCCCUCAGCUGGAGGAGAUGGACGUCUCCUGGAACGAGCUGAUUGGUGGAUGUCUGAAAGCGCUGACCUCUCACCUCCAGCACGUGGGCGGGAUCAGGACGCUGAGGCUCUGCAGCUGUAGGCUGAACGCCGAUGACACCACUGCCCUGGGAGAAGCUCUCAGCUGCAUUCCUCUUCUGGAGAUCCUUGAUUUGUCCUGGAACGGCGGCAUCGGGGGUGGAGGCUUGCAAGGCCUGCUGGGUAAACUUCACCCACCGCUGAGAGAGAUUCACCUGGUGGCCUGCCAGCUCACUGCAGCAGAUGCUGCUGCACUGGGAGGAAUCGUGUCUGCUCUCCCCAGACUCAGUGUGCUGGACGUUUCCUGUAACCCUCAGCUCACACGGGAAGUCGACGAUGGCGGCUUCAGGGAACUGGCUGCCUCUCUCUCUCAUGCCGCCUCCCUCACCACUCUUCGGUUCCAGGCCUGUGGCCUGACGAUGGACUGCCUCGACACUCUCGGUGGUUCGCUCCGCUGCCUCCCCUCAGUGAGAGAGUUGGAUCUGUCCUGUAACAAAAGUCUGGCUGGAGGACUGAACCGCCUCACCCUCCACCUGGCUCACCUCACACACCUGGAGAGCCUCGACCUUCACCUGUGCUGUCUCACACACACCGACCUGGAAGCCCUGAUCCAGGUGCUGCCCUCUCUGACGGCACUGAUGGAGCUCGACCUGUCGUCCAAUAAGGAGGUAGGAGGUGUGGUUCACCUGCUGGUCUCCGCCCUCCCUCUGACACAGAUGAAGCGUCUGCCGCUGAACAGCUGCAGCCUCACUGAGGAGUCGUUCACUGCUCUGGCUCUGGCCGUGCCGUACCUCCACAGUGUGGAUGUUUCCUGGUGUAAAGUGGUUGGCGGUCGUUUGGCUCUGUUACUGGACGCUUUGCAGCCGUCAGUCGUGCUGGAGCUUCGCCUCAGCAGCUGUGAGCUCUCCACUGACGACCUGCGUCACUUAGCUGCAGUGUGCAGACGUGGUUGUCUGUCCUCUCUCCGGGUGUUGGAUCUCUCCUACAACGGCUCGGUUGGUGACGAUGGCUGGUCUGCUCUGUUCUCAGCAGGAGGUCUGGGCUCGCUGGAGGAUGUCGACCUCAGCCUGCGACCUUCGACCUCUGCCUCCUGCUCGGCCUGGCUGCCGGCGCUGCUCUGUGCUCUGCCCAGACUACCGGCGCUGGCUCGGCUGGCCGUGCAGCGGUGGACGAUUGGCUCUCAGGACCGACAGCAGCUGAAUCACUGCCUGAGGAAGAGGAACGUCCUCCUGGAGUGGGAUUCGGACAUUAAAGACGAAACGUUGUCGUUUAAGCCCACCAAUCAGGAGAGCCCAGAGGAGUAGGGACCAGGAGCUCCUGAGUUUUCAUCACACAUCGACACUGAAUUAUCUCUGAGGUUAACAGAUGCACUUUCACAUUCAGGCACAAUGUAAUUUUACUAAAUCCUUGCAGUUCAUAUUAUGUUCCUUUAAAUCUGUGUAAUAAACAUUUAAAUGUAAAAUAAGAUCAUCACUGAUUAAAAAACAAUCU